AUUUGCGAUGACCGAUGAGUGAAUUUGUGUUUGUGAGAUAAAACUUUUCGUUUUUGACUAUACUUUUCUUUUUUUAAAUUUAAAUCAAAACAUAUUUCUGUAAUUUGAAAGGAUUAGAUAAUAUCAAUGUUAUCUCUUCUGCAUUAUUAUCCUCUUUUAUCAUUGUUUUCAUUUGGCCUUUUUCACCAAUGUUUACAAUUUUAUAUUUAGGUUAGGUCGAAUGUUAGUGGAAUAAAAUGUGCAGUAACCUAUUAAGAAAAACGUUUGCCAUAAAAAUAAAAUGUAGGAUUCAAUUUAAGCUUUUUAUAUCAGCUAAUGAAAUUGUUAUCAUUUGAGAUAGUUAUCAAUCGUCCUAAAUUAAAAUAAAAAAGCCAAUCAUGUGUGUUGGUCCAGUAAAAAGGCUGUGUCAUUGGGGCCCACUAGCCGCACUAGGUAUUACGAAACUGGUGAUGUACGCGACAAUAUCGUGCUGCAGUAUGUGGUGGCCACCCGACAGUUCGAUCGGUGGCUUCGUCAACAUGGCUGUCUUCCUUGCAGGCUGCAUGCUCAUCAUUUACAACUUCCUCAGUGCAAUCUUCGAGGGGCCUGGCUUUCUGCCAUUGAAAUGGGCGCCGGAAAAUGCCAGAGAUGAAGUGCAUCUUCAGUACUGUAAAAUAUGCGAGGGCUUCAAAGCGCCACGCUCUCAUCAUUGUCGAAGAUGUGGGCGCUGUGUGCUGAAAAUGGACCACCAUUGUCCGUGGAUCAACAAUUGCGUGGGUCAUGUGAAUCAUGGCCACUUUACUGCCUUCCUUCUGUUCAGCGUGCUCACUUGUGUACAGUCCACUGUCAUCCUAUCUUGCUCUCUCUACAGAGCUAUUCAUAGAGCGUACUACAUCUAUCAUGGGAUAGAACCAAUCAUUCAUUUUUCGUUAAUAAUGUUGAUUGUUUGUGUUUUUGCUCUGGGUCUUUCUUUUGGAGUUGUUUUGGCAGUUGGAAUGCUGCUAUAUUUCCAGAUUCGAGCCAUCGCCAGGAAUAGAACUGGAAUAGAGGAUUGGAUUCUUGAAAAAGCAAUCCAUAGAAGGACGGAGAAUGAACCUCCGUUCAUUUACCCAUACGAUCUUGGAUGGAAGGAUAAUUGCAUGCAGGUAUUUGGAUCGUGUUUCGAUCCGGUGGGAGAUGGAAUUACAUGGAAAGUGCGGGAUGGUUGUCAUCAGUAUACCCUAACUCUGGAGCAGCGCUCACAGAAGCAGGAGAAGCGUCUGCGUACGCGUGCGUACAGCGUGGUGCGUGGCUAUAGUGGCCGUUGGCUGCCUCUGGUGCACGGCUGGCGGGUGCUCACCCAUCCGCCAUUCACAGACGAGCCGCGCAUCCCAUUGCGAGUUGGCGAGACUGUUUUGGUCACCAGAUGGCGCAGAUACUGGCUGUUUGGAGAACGAAGUCCUCCGACGGGCAAGAAUGAUCGCGGUUGGUUCCCUCGGUGCUGCUGUGUCGACAUGACCGUCCCGCCACCCGAACCCCUCCAUCUCAAAAAACAACUAUAACCUAGAAUAUUUAGUAUCGUAGAUCACCCUUUAAGAAUCCAUAGUCGUUCAUACACUAUUAUCGUUUUCCUCAGUCAAAGUAAAAUAUCGGGGCACCGAGCUUCGCUCGUUAUUUUCAUUUAUUGAUAAACAGAACACAAUUCUCUGAAAUGAUUGUGUUUAUAUUUUACAGCUAGCUAUAAUUAUGUCAUCUUAUGAAUUUCGGGGAUGCGAUAUUUUGAUUUUCACAUACUCACUCGCUUACUCACUUUUUUACUAUCCACAGCUGUUUCAGCCAAGGAUAAAUUAUCCUUUUAAUGUCGUUCAGCGAGUUUACCCAAGGAUGAGACAUAGUGCAAUCGAAUUUUUAUAUUAUAAACCUAUUAUGUUCCAAAUUUCGUGAAAAUCGUUAGAGCCGUUUUAGAGAUCCGUUGAACAUAAAUAACCAGAUAUAAAAAUACAGAAAUUGCUCGCUUAAUAUAAUAGGAUUCGUAUGUCUUUUUGUUGGCGAGGAGUCACUUACGGAAAGGUCCCACCUUGCUCACAUUUUAGCCGUCAGUGAGCCUAUACUCCCUCAAAAUCAAUGAAACUAAAAAUAUUCGAAUCUUGUCGAAAACCUGUCAAAUAUUGGAAAAGAUUUGAAGGAAUUGUAUGUGAACAAUUGAAAUAUAUUUUCAAGCUGCUAGCAUUUUCAAAGGAAUACAGUAUUAUAACUAAAGCCAACUUAUCGUAUCAUUGAUUGUUUUUGAUUGAUGUCGUACUUCUGAAUAAUUAGUGGAACAAAUAAGAAAUCAUCAACAAUUUUUUUUAAUUAUUAUGAUAAAUGUAUAGUUUCAGAACUUGGUUUGUUUACCCGUUUAUUUAUUAUUUAUUUAUUAGUGUGUACAAUAAUAACAAUCUUAUUAAUAUUAUUGGAUAGAACAACAGGCUUGUCCCAAAACUAUUCUACUUAAUUGAAUGAUACAUUUAUUAAGCUUAGUGGUUGGCAAUUUCCAAUUGAAUUUGUCUUCAUUUAAUCAGUUUUAUAGUUCAAUUAAUUUCGAAUUUGAUGUUCUUAAAUUCUAUCGAUGAAUACGAAUACAUCAAUCAAUGAAAUUUCAACCAAGAAUAUCAACACAGAUUGCAAGCAUUUUCAAAGAGACAUAAAUAAAAGAGUCAAUUCUGAUUUUUAUUUGAUUAAUCCCUAAAUGCAUAUCUAACCUGAUAGCUUUCUUCAAUUUUUUACCAAUAUUUAACUAAAACACAUGAUGGAAAAAAUUUUAAUUCUUAUCCAAAAUAUAAUUAUUGUAUGAAGUUUGUAUUGAAUAACAUGUAAAGCAAGACUGUAAGGUUCACGUUAUAUAGUCAGUGAAAACGUUAGGACUACACAGUUGCCAAUCUUCCAUUACCACCGCCUUCUAGAUAGCUGUGAUUCAAGCUAUUCCGGUAAUAUCAAUUGUUGAUUCUUGUUCAUAAUGAUCAAUUAUAUCUCAAAUAUAAUAUUAUGUUCACCAAUAAAAUAUAUUUUUUCAUGAUUAAAUAAUGAAUUUUUAUAAUUGAGAUAAAAAAAUUUCAGUGGUUCAUUCAAUCUAGAAAAAAUUUACAACCGUGCGGAGUUGGAAAAGGAUAGAGCUUUCUGCUUUGCCAAUUUCAGUGGUUCAUUCAAUCUAGAAAAAAAUUAUAACGGUGCGGAGUUGGAAAAGGAUAGAGCUUUCUGCUUUGCCUAAUGAAAGAUAAGGAUAGCAAACCAAUAUUAAUCAGUUACUGACUUUAUAACGUGAAUCUCUCUAUCUAAACACGAACUGGCUGUCAUUGGCUGCAUCACAAAUUUAUGACCAACCAUCGUCAGCCAAUCAAAUAGCUUGAUUUGAUGAUUAUCACCAAUCCCUGUUGCACCUAUAAAAACUGUAAUGCUUCCAUUCUCUCAUGCAUAAGUUUUGUAUUGUUUCAUGGGAAGUUCAUAAAAUUUGUUCGCUAAACAUAAACUGAUAAAUAUAAGUAGCUCACCAGUCAUUGUCAAUGUGUAUAGUUUGUACUCUAUCAUUCCUGUCGUUGUUUUUUAUACAUUCACAACUUUUAUACGGCAUAGUUGAUUGCUAAUAAAGUAAUGUUCCUAUACGAA